AUGGCAUCGCAGCUGCUGAAGGAUCUCUCCACCAAUUCCCGGAAAUGGAUCAUUCAAACUCGGGUCUCUCGGAAGUGGAUAGCUACAAACUGCAACACUGGAAAGCUUCUGCAUAUGGACUUGGUCCUCAUCGAUUCAAAGGGGUCAGAUAUAUGGGCUAUGAUUCCUCCAUUUCUGAUUCCAAAAUUUGAAUCCACUCUGAGAGAGCAAGAGGUCUAUGAGAUUAGACAUUUCAAGGUUGCUCUUACGAAGAACACAUUCAGGCCAGUGCCCAAUCGUUUGAUGUUGGAGUUUGAUUCAGCAACUUUGGUCCAACAUGUGAAAAGUUAUCCAAGCAUACCAUCCUACAAGUUUUAUUUUCUCAAGCACUCUGACAUGAUGCAGAGGCUAUAUGACAAGAAGAAUUUAUCGGAUGUGGUUGGCCAAUUGGUUCAACAUUCUGCAGUCACCUCCAAAAUCUCAGCAACAAAACGUUGGAAAGAUAUCACACUCAAAUUGAUUGAAGGUGAGAUGGUAAGGGUGACUUUAUGGGGAACUAUUGGCAACCAAGUAGAUGACAUGGUCUCCCACAAUGAAGGUCGACCAGUGAUUCUCACUGUUACCUCAGUUUUUGUUGACGAAUAUAAAGGGGAGCUUUGUCUAUCGUCCACAGGGGCUACAGUUUUGAAGGCAAAUCUGGAUAUACCAGAAGUGCAGAAGUUUAAUUUGGGGGAUGGCAGGUUGAAUGCACCUGUCCUACUUGCUGAGGAACCAGCCCCUGAGAUUCAACAAAUUUCCAUAGCUCAGCUUAACGAAUUCAAAACUAUGGAAGAGAAGAUUGAUCAAGUGUUUGCUGUUGAAGGUCAAGUCAUUCAAGUAAGAUCCAAUUGGUUUUAUAUGGGCUGUGUUGGCUGCCCUCGCAAAGUGGAAGAGGACUUGGAUGAGUAUUUUUGCGGACACUGCAAUACCACCUCUAAAACUGCAGCUGCCAAGUAUAGAGUCAAGCUUCAGCUGCAGGAUGAUUCUGGUGAUGCUGACUUUGCAAUUUUAGAGCGUGAAGGACUGCGUUUCUUUGGUGUUAUGGCUGAUGUUUUAUUCCAAGGAAAUCAAAGGAACAAGGAACCAAUUCCCCGGCAGAUUGAGCAAGUUGUUAGCAUGAAAUUGAAAGUGCAUGUUAAGCUAACCCAAUUCAACUUCAUCAACCCUCAAGCCGAGUAUACUGUGGCUUGCAUAGAACAUGAUCCUCUUGCGCAAAUCAUUGAGGAGUCAGUUGCAUCCCAAACUUCAUUUCCUGCCAACAGCCAGGAAAUUAGCCCUGAUUUGGUUGAAGCAAACUUAGAGGAUAGCUCUGCAAGUUCUGAAGCUACAGAAGGGAAUAACUUCAAGAGGCAGAAGAAGGCCCAAGUGGUUGAUUCUGAUGAGGAAGAGAAGUAG